AUGUCAAUGCGUAUCUCCAAUACCCUUACAUCCUCUUUUACUCGGCCUCCAGCCAGUGUUUUCCUUUCCUCAAGUAGAGCACAAAGAAGAUUACCAAUUGUUAGCAGAACCUUUCAAAGUCUUUCAAUUAGUUCAUUUCGGAGCUCCGCUUCAUUACUCAGUCCUGCAAAAAACCGUCCUCAAUUAUCAAACAACUUUCGAAAUACAACUUUAACUACCUCGGCAAUCCGCCAUUGUUCAUAUAGAAGACACAAGAUGUGUAGAGGUGUACAUGCCGGAGAGGAGGUAGAGAGCGCAGGAAUCGAUGUUACCAAGGGAAGAGAGAUCUUGCCAGCAAAUGUCAUUCCAAGACACUACGAUCUCACAUUAGAGCCGGACUUCAAGAAGCAUACCUAUGAGGGUACUGUUAUAAUCGACUUAGAUGUUGCUGAAGAUACUACUUCUAUCUCCCUCAACACUUUGGAGCUUGAGAUACACAGCACAAAAGUCAUUUCUGGAUCUGAAGCUGUAAGCUCUACUCCAGAUGUCUCUUACAAUGAGGACAGCCAGACCACAAAGGUUGCUUUCAAGCAAACCAUCCCCAAGGGAACAAAGGCACAAAUCGAGAUGAAGUUCACUGGCCAGCUCAAUGACAAGAUGGCAGGAUUUUACAGAUCAACUUACAAGAAUGCGGAUGGAUCUGAGGGUAUUUUGGCCACAACACAAAUGGAACCGACUGAUGCCCGAAGAGCUUUCCCUUGUUUCGAUGAACCUGCAUUGAAGGCAGAAUUCACAAUUACUUUGGUCGCGGACAAGCACCUCACCUGCUUGAGUAACAUGGACGUUGCCUCGGAGACUGAGGUUGAGGGAAACAAGAAGGCUGUCAAGUUCAACAAAUCGCCACAAAUGUCGACGUAUCUUCUCGCCUUCAUCGUUGGAGAACUCAACUACAUUGAGACCGACAAGUUCAGAAUUCCAGUCAGAGUUUAUGCUCCUCCAAAUCAAGACAUCGAGCAUGGAAGAUUUUCAUUGGAUCUUGCAGCACGAACCCUGGAGUUUUAUGAGAAGACUUUUGAUAGUCCAUUCCCGUUACCAAAAAUGGAUAUGGUUGCCAUACCAGAUUUCUCCGCAGGUGCCAUGGAGAAUUGGGGCUUGAUUACUUACCGUGUUGUUGAUCUCCUUUUCGACGAAAAGACCAGCGGUGCGUCUACAAAGGAACGAGUUGCGGAAGUCGUCCAGCAUGAGUUGGCUCAUCAAUGGUUCGGUAACUUGGUUACAAUGGAUUUCUGGGAUGGCUUGUGGCUCAACGAGGGUUUCGCAACAUGGAUGUCAUGGUAUUCCUGCAACAUCUUCUAUCCAGAAUGGAAGGUAUGGCAAAACUACGUGACGGAUAACCUGCAAAGCGCCCUCGGUCUUGAUUCUAUUCGAAGCAGUCAUCCAAUUGAAGUACCAGUCAAGCGAGCCGAUCAAGUCAACCAGAUCUUUGAUGCUAUUUCGUAUUCUAAAGGUUCUUGUGUCCUUCGCAUGAUUGCAAGCUAUUUGGGAGAAGAUGUGUUUAUGGAGGGUAUCCGCCAGUAUUUGAAAAAGCACGCUUAUGGCAACACCCAAACUGGUGAUCUUUGGGAUGCAUUGAGCAAGGCGAGCGGUAAGGAUGUCUCGGCAGUUAUGGACAUCUGGACAAAACAGGUCGGAUAUCCUGUUGUAAGUGUCACCGAGAACGAAGAUGGAAAGAGCAUCCACGUCAAGCAAAAUCGAUUCCUGAGAACAGCAGACGUCAAGCCUGAUGAGGAUGAAGUUUUGUACCCGGUUUUCUUGGGUCUCCGCACUACGAGCGGUGUUGAUGAGGAACUGGUUUUAGACAAGCGAGAAGACACUAUUCAGGUCCCUGCAGAUUUCUUCAAGCUGAAUGCAGACCAUACUAGCAUUUAUCGAACAUCAUACACUCCGGAGCGACUCGAAAAGCUAGGCCAAGCUGCCAAGGAAGGUCUUCUUACCGUCGAAGAUCGUGCAGGAAUGAUCGCAGAUGCAGGAGCUCUCGCUUCAGCUGGAUACCAGAAGACUUCCGGUGUUCUAAACUUGUUCAAGGGCUUCACCAGUGAAACCGAGUUUGUUGUUUGGACCGAAAUCCUCGCCCGUUUAGGCAGUAUUCAAACUGCUUGGGUCUUUGAGGACGAGAAAGUCAAAGAUGGACUCGAGUCAUUCCAAAGAGAGCUUACAAGCGAAUACGCCCACAAAUUUGGAUGGGAGUUCAAGGACAGCGACGAGCAUGUCCAGCAACAAUUUAAAACUCUACUUUUCGGUAGUGCUGGUAUAUCCGGUGACAAGGUCAUCAUUAAAGCUGCACAAGAUAUGUUUGCUAAGUUUGCAGCGGGUGACAAAUCUGCUAUUCAUCCAAACAUCCGCGGUAGCGUUUAUGCUAUCGCUUUGAAAUACGGUGGCAAGAAAGAGUACGACAUCAUCCUAGAUGCUUACCGCAACUCCACAAAUAGCGAUGAGCGUAACACUGCCCUCCGUUCUUUGGGACGAGCUAAGGACCCUGAAUUGAUCAAGCAAACUCUUGCUCUACCAUUCGGCGGUGAAGUCAAGGAACAAGAUAUUUACCUCCCCAUUAGCGGACUUAGAGGUCAUCCAGAAGGUAUUGAGGCAUUAUAUGUUUGGAUGACCGAAAAUUGGGAAGAACUUCAACGACGAUUACCAGCCGGUUUGUCCAUGUUGGGAACGAUGGUUACUAUUUGCACAUCGGGCUUCACCGGUGAACGUAACCAGAAGCGAAUCGAGGAGUUCUUUUCAAAGAGAGAUACCAAGGGCUUUGACCAGGGUCUGGCACAAAGUCUGGAUAGUAUUAGAGCAAAGAGCGCUUGGGUUGAGAGAGAUAGAGAGGAUGUCAAGGCCUGGGUGGAGGCAAAUACUCAAGUAAAGAGUGAGCUUUAAGUAGCUCUAAACUACGUACUGGAACAUUUGAUGUAUAAAUAUCAAUAUCAAGAUUGACAAUAGACUGGACUGGCUGAAAGCAAUCCAAUAUUCAAAAUGAAGACAGUGUUCAAACCAACGAAAUUAUUCAAUAAAAUUCAGAUAUUC